AUGGAAGCACGCAAACAGGAUGUGGGCAUGCACACCAAGCCCUUCAAGAACUCGUACCUUUGGAGGCGACACGAGUCUGGGGUUCAUGGCUUCGGUAGUACCCGAUGGAUCUGCACACUUGACAGCACAGUCAUGACAGGUGCGAAGUGCAUCUUCUGCUCCGAUAUCGUCUACAAUAUGGACCACUUCGACCAACACAACGUCCAAAUUUGCUUGGCGAAAGAUACGGCUGAGCGAGUCUUCGAUCGCAAAGACCUUCUCAAGCAGCACGUACAGUAUGUGCAUCUCACCUCAGCCAACGACUACACGAAAAAAGGAUUUGAGCCUCCAGACGUAUGGCUAGAAACGGAAGACAGUUUCUUGCCGAAUCCUGAAGGUCUUUGGUGUGGCUUCUGUCAGCUCUCAUUUGAUACAGUUGCCAGAAGGAUGAAACACGUUGCACAGCACUUCCAGGAUGGGGUUGAUAUGGUUGACUGGGUUCGAAGAUUGGAUUUUGCAAAUAGCGCGAUGACUUGA